GAGGCGGAGAGAACAGUUUUCUCGUUUAUCGGAAAGCGUAAGGAUAGUUGAUCAUGCCUGAUCCAGCCAAGUCCGCUCCAGCCGCGAAGAAAGGCUCCAAGAAAGCGGUGACCAAGACCCAGAAGAAAGAUGGGAAGAAGCGCAGGAAGACAAGGAAGGAGAGUUACGCCAUUUACGUGUACAAGGUGCUGAAGCAGGUGCACCCCGAUACCGGCAUCUCCUCCAAGGCCAUGAGCAUCAUGAACUCCUUUGUCAACGAUGUGUUUGAGCGCAUCGCAGGGGAAGCCUCCCGCCUGGCUCAUUACAACAAGCGCUCCACCAUCACCUCCCGGGAGAUCCAGACCGCGGUCCGCCUGCUGCUGCCUGGGGAGCUGGCCAAGCACGCCGUGUCCGAGGGCACCAAGGCUGUCACCAAGUACACCAGCGCCAAGUAACUGCUGCCCCAUCUCCUGCCCUACUCCCAGCAACACAAAGGCUCUUCUAAGGGCCACCCACCUCCUCCCUAUAAGGUCUGUAACUAGUAUUCUUGUGACAUUAACAGGUCAAUAUGACUUUGGGGUGAGUUUAGUUUGAUAGUCACUGGUUUCUAACUGGGUGAGCCUAUAGUUGCUUAUGGGGUAAAAUAAAUGAAAUUUGCUAAAUGCGGGCAGAAGUCUGAGCGGCGGGUUUUUUCUAUAGUCAAACCUGCGUUCAAAACAAGCAACGAGAAGGAAAUAUUUCUUAACCGUAACUGACAUUUGGUACAGCAGUUUCCCCGUCUAUAACGUUGGGUCAAAGUGUAGAACAUUAUGCGGGUUCUGAGGCUGUUGGUUAAACUGAGGUAAUAGGAAGGAAACCAUUGGACAGAGCUUAAUGUUAUUGGCUGAAUGAGUGUCUCACUCAACUUUUACAUGUGAUUGGCCUUUUGUAUUCCAAUAAAUAUACAUAUAAACAAACCUGCUCAGUUCCCUGUCAGGUCGUGCUUUGCUGUAGUUAUCAAUGCUUUCACAUUCAUAUAUUUUGGUGGCAAGAUAGUGAAAAUGUGUACAGUACUCAUUUUUCUUUUAUAUAUAAAAUCUCAAACCUUUGUAAAUUAACAACACUGCUUUGUUCCAA